AUGGAUGGUGGUCUGUCUAGUCGAGCAUACCCAAAAGCUCAUAUCCUUCAUUACAAGCUUUCUAAUCUCCACGCACUCACAUCGUUUGAAUCUAGGAAAUCUGCUGCAAUUAGAUAUGGAACUGGUGCUAUCUCUGGUUUCUUUAGCCAUGAUUCUACAAGACUUGGUGAUUUUACCAUCAAGGAACAGGAUUUCAUAAAAGCAACCAUAGAGCCUGGAAUCGUUUUUGUUGCAGCAAAGUUUGAUGGUAUUCUUGGCUUUGGUUUCAAGAAAUCUCUGUUAGGGGUGCUCUUCCUGUUUGGUACUUCACUCACUUUCCAAAAAAUUUUCUUGGAGUACAACAUGGUUGAUCAAGGUCUUGUUUAUGAACCCGUGUUUUCAUUUUGGCUUAAUCGAAAUACUAAAAAUAAUGAAGAAGGUGAACUUGUGUUUGGUGGUGUUGACACUAGUCAUUUCAGAGUUGCACAUACUUAUGUCCUUGUCACACAAAAAGGCUACUGGCAGUUUGAAAUGAAUGAUGUCUUUAUCAGUAAGGAAACAACUGGAUUUUGCUCCAAUGGUUGUGCAACAAUUGCUGAUUCUGGAACCUCUUUGUUGGCUGGUCCAACGGUUGUUGUUACUCAAAUAAAUCAAGCUAUUGGUGCUCAUGGAUUAAUGAGCCAAGAAUGCAAGACUUUGGUCGAGCAAUAUGGAAAGUCUAUAAUUGAUAUGCUCUUAUUUAAGGUUUCAAUGGUUUCAACACUCAAGCAUGUCGACUUUGUUGAGUUGUGUGGUUACUAUGUUGAGGGAAAUACACAUGUCUUGGCAUAUGAAUUGGCGACCAUGUGA